CCCCGCUUCCCUCCCCCCCUUCCUUUCCCUCCCCCCCCCCUCGCCACCCGCCCCGUCAUGAGCUCCGACAACGGCCGGCCCUUCGACAUUCUCGAUGAGACGACCUUCGACCUGAUUGUUGUCGGUACUUCGCUCGCGUCGUGCAUGCUGAGCGGCGCCGCCUCCCUCCUCGGCAAGAAGGUCCUCCACCUGGACUACGCCGAGCGCUAUGGCGGCGAGCACUCCACCCUGACCCUGGGGGAGGUGGAGGAAUUCGCUGGUGCCAGCUCGACUUCGCCUUCCUUGGCCUUCUCCCGCGUCAGCAUGCGGCCGGCCCAGGUCCCGCAGGAGAUUGCCGCUCGGAAGUAUGGCUAUCAUCUGGACGUCCACCCGGUGCUGCUCUUCGCCCGGUCGCCGACCACUCGGGCCCUGGCUCAAAGUGGUGUUUCGCGCUACCUGGACUUUCGCAUUGUCCCCGAGGAAUGGGUCCAUGUUGAGGGGUCCGGCUUUGAGCGCGUCCCCUCCAAGAAGGAAAACGUCUUCGCCAGCAAGUCCCUGUCGUUGAUUGAAAAGCGCAUUCUGAUGCGUGUGCUCACCGCGGCCGUCGACUUCGACCCACUGGCCGUCGGACUGACUCCGCCCCCGAGCGACCCAACCCAACGUGUCGACGGCGCCUCCCCCCUUCAGGCCCCUGUGGGCGAGGGAAAUCCCCCCUUCAGCGAGUAUCUCACCCAGCAGAAGGCCACCCGGCCGUUGAUCCGUCACUCUCUCCUCGAGGCGGCCACCCUGACCACGUCGGUUGAUGCUAUUUCCACACAUGCGGCUCUGUCUCGAAUUCAGGCACGCCUCCACUCUCGCGGGCGCUUCUCCCAGUCGGGCAUUGUUGGCAGCGAUGUUGCCACGCUCAUUGCCCCGAUCGGCGGCGCCGCCGACUUCCCGCAGGCCUUCUCCCGACUUGCCGCCAUCAAUGGGGCUACCUUCAUGCUGGAUACCCUGCCGACGGCUCUCGAGGUCGACCCGACCGGCGAGCAGCCCGUUCGCCUCACCCUUCCCUCGGGCCAGGUGGUGACUGCCCCGCUACUUAGCCUGGAGGCUGUGGACCUCCUGCCAGCCCCUCAGGAGGCCACCUGUGCGCCCGGCCGCUUUCGCGCUCUUUGUGCAAAUGCCCUGCGCCCGGUGGCCACUCAGCAGUCGCACAUGCAUCGUGCCAUGAUCGUGGCCGAUCAGCCCUUCAGUGCGCUCUUCGCUCCGGCAGUCGGAUCCUCCGAGGCCGAUGACACGGCGGCCAUCUCCUAUGAGGCCCCCAUGGACGAGGGCCACAUGGUCCGGUUGGUGACCAUCCCCGCCGGUGACCGACCCAUCGCCGUUCUUCAAACCGGUCAAGCCACCCUCUCCAGCCCAGCGGACAAGUAUGUGUACUACAUCUCGCGCCAGGCGCCCGAGGAUGAGACAAUCUCUCCCGAGGCCGAUCUGCAGGAUGCCCUGUCGUGCAUCUUCCACUUCGAGGACUUGGCCACCAGUCCGGCGCCGGCUGGCCGUGUUGCUCCCCUGAUGGCCAUCUUCUACCGGCACUCGUCGGCCACUCACGACAUUCAGGCUGACGGGUCGCCGUUUGUGCCGGGUCUUGCUGGCCAGGUGGCCCUUGUGGACAACAGUGCCGGGGCCACUCACUUCUGCUCCGAGGGGUCCCUGGUGUCAGCCAACCGGGCCUUCUACGCCCUGUUCCCCGACGCCCCGGAGGGGUCGUUCCUGCGCCCGGAGCUGGAGAACGUCGACAUUGAGACGCUUUCCGCCGUCCGAGCCGAGGUCAUGGAGCAGGAGGCCCAGGACAGUCGAGAUGCCGCAGCCGCGGCCGCGGCUGCCUCCACCCCCGAUGAGCAGGAGGGCAACCCGGAGCAGGGCCAAGAGUAGGCCGACCGAAGGGGCCUCUCUUGACCCUUGCGCUGCUGUUGGAAGUAGACCGCUCAAGGGGCCGACGGUAAUACCAAACAAAAUGCAUGCUCUUCUUUUCCGA